AGAGUCGGCCACGCCCACUUUGAGCUGCUCUGCUUGUACUGAUUAGGAACAUGGCGGCGAAGACAGAUCGGGGAAUACCUUUAAGCGCAGUUAAUCCACGCUACCUGCAUACAAACUCUACAAGUCACACAGGGCCGUUCAGUGCUAUAGCAGAACUCAUCGACAAUGCUUAUGACCCAGAUGUCAGUGCAAAACAAUUCUGGAUUGAUAAAACAGCAGUCAAAGGCCUGGAUUGUCUCACCUUCAUGGACAAUGGAAAUGGUAUGGAUUAUGACACGAUGCACAAAAUGCUCAGCUUUGGCUUCAGUGAUAAGAAGGCAGUAAGAGGUCAUGCUCCAGUGGGUCUUUACGGUAAUGGAUUUAAGUCGGGCUCCAUGCGCUUGGGGAAGGAUGCCAUCGUGUUCUCAAUGAAAGACAACACCAAGUGCGUUGGCAUGCUGUCACAGACUUACCUUGAGAAGAUAGAAGCACAUAAUGUCAUAGUGCCUAUUGUCAUGUUUACCAACACUGGAGAUACUGUCGGUGUUACACAGGAGUUUAAGGAAAGUCUUAAGGAUAUCCUGCAAUUUUCUUUGUUCAACACCAAGGAGGAACUGUGGUCUGAAUUCAAUGCCAUUAAUGGCCCAUGUGGCACCAACUCCAAUGGAACUCGUAUUAUCAUCUGGAACUUACGCAAAACGCUCUCAGAUAAAUUGGAAUUUGACUUCGAUAAGGAUCGCUAUGAUAUUCGGAUCCCUAUUGACAUUAGUGAGAACAGUGCAGAGCCAAACAAGGAAUCUGAGCACAAGACGUCAGCACCCGAGAGUGAAUAUUCGCUGCGGGCAUACACCAGUAUCUUGUAUCUAAAGCCAAGAAUGCAGAUUAAUAUUAGAGGGCAGAUGGUGAAAACUCAGCUCAUUUCCAAAAGCUUAGCGCACGUCGACAAGGACUCAUACAAACCCACAUGUGUUAAAAAGGCAAUAAAGAUCACAUUUGGCUACAACACAAAGAGCAGAGACCACUAUGGAUUGAUGAUGUACCACAAAAACCGCCUCAUCAAAGCCUAUGAACGUGUCGCUUGUCAGCGCAAAGCUAACAACACAGGAGUGAGAGUUAUUGGGGUGAUAGAGUGUAACUACCUCACCCCAAUGCACAACAAGCAGGACUUUGAUAAUACAGAAGAGUACAGGAGAACCAUCCAAAGUUUAAAUACUAAGCUUGAGGAAUAUUGGAAGGAAAUCCGUCAUAGACGUCUGCAAAAAAACUGCAUUGUACCCAUUGAAGAUGAGGUGAAGCAACCAGAUCAAAACUGGGUUCAGUGCAACGAUUGUAACAAGUGGCGAAAACUUCCUGAUGGCAUCGAUAGUGCAAAGCUACCUGAAAAGUGGUUCUGCCGCAUGAACCCUGACAACCAGUACAGGAGUUGUACAGUUGAACAAGAGCUUUCAGAUUCAGAAGAUGAACAGCCCAGAAUGCAAAAAACCUACAAAGUGCACGAGAAGUUGGAGAAAGAGAAGCACAAACAGCAGAAGGAGCAGCAGCAGAGGGCGGAAAAGGAGAUUAUCGUACAUCUGGCCAAACAAAACGCUAAACUCAGAGUCCUUCAGCAUCAAUUCAAACUUGGCAACAGAACAGAAGAGAAUUCACCCCGGGAAAUGUCCAGCUCUCCACUCAGUUCCCAUUCCCACAGACUUGCAGGAUCCAGUCCAUCUUGUACUCCAAUUUUAACAAGGAGGAAGAGAGCCCAGAGCCCAUGCCGAGAUAACGGCGAGACGAAGAGAGCCAGAAAACGAGUCAGUUUUGGCGCCAACAUACCAGGCAGUCCAUCGACAUCCACGGCGAUCCUUAAGGACUGUUUCUCACCAAACAUAGACAGUAGAGAUGAUGAUGGUGAUCAUGCAGCAGAAAUAGAUAAUGAAACAGUGCCAAUGGAUGAUGAUGAUGAGGAUAAUGACAUAACGAUUAUUGAGAGCAUCAGUUCACCAAGGCCAAAGUCAGCAAAAGGAACAAUUGAUAUUGCUAUUGUAAAAACCGAGCCAGUGGGGAGUCAGGAAGAGUUGGGAAAACAAAAGGAUUGUCCUGACAGUGAUACCACAGUGUCCAAGGAGACAGCUACAGCACAUCUACCCUCAGUCUCCUCUAAAGAAGUCAGCAUUGGUACACAGACUCACCAAAUACUAAUAUUGAAACAAGAAGACAAGGAUUCAGGACAACCAGACAAUGAAAAGUGCAACAAUAGUGAUGGCAGGCAUUUUGAAUCAGGAAAAGAUCCCUCUCCAGUAGACAAAAAUGCAAACAAACACAUGAACUCUAUCAUUGAGGAAAGAAUAACCCAACAGACCAGUGUACCACAUAUAGAGGAAGAAAACCUAGAUAGAAACGAGAGUACAUUAAACCCAGAAGAAGAACUAAGCCGAAGAAACCACUCAGAUGAAAUAAGCCCAGGUGCGCAGGGUACAGCAACAUUUGAAAAAUCAAUUCUUAAUUUAAUGGAUGCCCAGACGCAGCAGGACAAACUGCUAACACUCCUGGAAGAGGCGGCACAGGAGCGAGAUAAGAGCCAUGCUCAGCUGCUUCUCCUAGGCUCUGAAGUAGAUGAGCUGAAGAAGCAAUUGCUGGAGCUCACACUAAAGAAGGAGCACAGCCACAAUAGCACACAGACCAACCCAGAGGAGGGGCCAGACUACAAAAUGCUGCAUUUGCAGGGCAAAGAAGAGAUAAAGCAGCUCCAAGAUGAGCUCGGAAAACUAAAGAUGGAGAAAGCAGAGAUGGAGAGAAGAGGCCAGGGAGCGUCGUUAGAGUGUGAUGAUCUGGUUUGUCAGAUUGACACGUUGUUAAGGGAAAUGGACCAGAGAAAUAAGGAGAAAGAAGAGUUAAAUGAAAAGGUGGACAGUCUACAAAAACAGAACUGCACAUUGUCGAGCUGCUGUGAGAGUCUGAAAAAAGAUUUAGAGGAAAUGAAGACUAAAAUUGUAAAGAUCGAAAAUGUGCAGGCAGAAGAUCAAGGAGUCCAGACAGAUUUCGCUGUUUUCUCCCACGAAAAAAGUGCAACAACUUCAGCACACGCCUCCACCUCAGGAAGAGGAACAGACUCACACUCGAUGCAACAUGAAGCACAGGAGAGACCAGAGAUGGCAGCAGAGAUCAAACAAGAAACCAGUAAUUUACAAACAUACAGCCUCAAAUUGAGAGAUCUCAGACAGAAAGUGGCACAUCUCCUGGUCACCUUUGUCCCUGCACUGGACCUUCAGCAGGUGAACUAUGAUUGCGACGUCAUCGAUGAGAUUCUCACUCAAGUUGUAGAUGAAAUCUCUGCUACAUAAAAACCAGAAGUGUGGUUACCAGAAGAGCACCGUCUUUAAAAACCCAUUAAUUAUAGUUAUAUUUUGAGUAAAUAAUGCAUAAAGAUACACAAGCACUGAUUAUUUUUUUUUUUUAUGUCUUUGGAUUUUACUUGCUUUAAAAGUUUGCAUUAAAUGAAUGUUAAAUACAUUAUUUAAAUGAAUAAAUAUAUAAUUGUUGACAUUAUUGCCAUAUAUUAUGAUUAAGCAAAUUAAUUAUCGGUUUAUAAACGAUUAAAAUUUUUAUUUUAUUUUUUUUUUAACUAUUACGUCUGCUUAUUUUAUUAUUAUCCCCAUGCUUUUAUAAAUGUGUAUAUUUGUAAAUGAGGAAUGGCACAUGUUUAAAUAAGUUCGAAUAAACAGAAACCUGUCUUUUUUUUA